UCCUAUGUUUUCGAACGUUUCCAUGAUUUUUUUUUUCUUCUCACGAGAUUUGGCAACUGUGUCCACUUCCUGUCACCAGCCGUUCGCAGCCAUGAUGCAGGAAGGGCUGGACGACGGACCCGACUUCCUCUCCGAGGAGGACCGGGGAGUGAGUGCCCUCCUUCUGCCUGUCUGUCUUUGUACCAAUGAAUCUGUUCGCCUGCCCAACUAUAUGUUCCACCGCGAGCGGUAAAUGUGGAUCUGGAGAUGGACGCCACGCUACAGGUGGACAUUUCUGACGCGCUCAGUGAGAGGGACAAGGUGAAGUUUACCGUCCACACCAAGAGUACGCUCCCCAACUUCAAACAGAACGAGUUCUCUGUGGUCCGACAACAUGAAGAGUUCAUCUGGCUACACGACUCAUUUGUUGAAAAUGAAGACUAUGCAGGAUACAUCAUCCCUCCAGCCCCCCCCAGACCUGACUUUGAUGCAUCCAGAGAGAAGCUGCAGAAACUGGGGGAAGGAGAAGGAUCCAUGACCAAGGAGGAGUUCACCAAGAUGAAGCAAGAGCUGGAGGCAGAGUACCUGGCUAUCUUUAAGAAGACCGUUGCCAUGCAUGAGGUCUUCCUCUGUCGUGUGGCUGCUCAUCCCAUCCUCAGGAAGGACCUCAAUUUCCACGUCUUCUUGGAGUACAACCAGGAUCUGAGUGUACGAGGAAAGAACAAGAAGGAGAAACUGGAGGAUUUCUUUAAGAACGUUGUGAAGUCGGCUGAUGGUGUUCUAGUGGCUGGAGUCAAGGACGUCGAUGAUUUCUUUGAGCAUGAAAAGACAUUUCUACUAGAAUAUCACAACAGAGUCAAAGACGCUUCGGCCAAAUGUGACAGAAUGAUCCGCUCACAUAAAAAUGCUGCUGAUGACAUGAACAGAAUCGCCUCCUCUCUGUACACAUUAGGAACACAGGACUCCACAGACCUCUGCAAGUUUUUCCUGAAGGUAUCAGAGCUAUUUGAGAAAACUAGAAAAAUUGAGGCUCGAGUUGCAGCAGAUGAAGACCUGAAGCUGGCUGACCUGCUCAAAUAUUACCUGAGGGAGUCACAGGCUGCUAAGGACCUGCUGUACCGGAGGAGCCGGGGCCUGGUGGACUAUGAGAACGCUAAUAAAGCUCUGGAUAAAGCGCGAGCUAAAAACAGAGAUGUUUUACAGGCAGAGACAAACCAGCAGCUUUGCUGCCACAAGUUUGAGAAGAUCUCUGAGUCUGCCAAGCAAGAGCUGAUAGAUUUCAAGACGAGAAGAGUGGCAGCUUUCAGGAAGAACCUGGUGGAGCUGGCAGAGCUGGAGCUCAAACAUGCCAAGGGUAACCUGCAGCUACUGCAGAGCUGUGUGGGCGUCCUGAAAGGUAACACUUAACCGUCCUGUCCUGCCUGCAGCCAGCUGGACACGCCCACUGUUAGGACGGAGCCUGUAAGAAUGGACAAAACACUGAGACAUGUGGACCAGAGAGACAGCUGGGGGUCAAAAAUGACACGAAGUCUGUUUUCUUCAUCAGUAACCAAACACAGUCUUCACCACUCUACUCACUAUUCCUAAAGCCACCCAUGCUUGUCCUUCUGGUUCAUCAUCAGAACCUCAGCACCGGCACUGGUCCUCUUGGCCGAAUGCAAGCCCUGCAACACUUUUAGCGUGCUUUCAUUCUAGUCUAUCACUUUAGGUAUUUACUUGAUUUCUCCUGAACAUCCAUCAUUUGAAAGUCUUUAUCAUCACCCAGAGAACAAAUCCAGUCCAUCUGGGCUCUGCAGUCUGGAUGUAGUUCAGCUCUCAGCUGUAGUUGGACAUGUAUUAGUAGUUGUGCUGAGUUUAAGCACCGUUCGAAGAACUCUUUUAAAUACUCUACUUGAAAUAAAUUCACCAUAUAAUCUACAGAUAAAUGCAAUGAGAUGACAAAUAUGAUUCGCUGAUGUGUUCCAUAAUUAUCCACACUAUAAAACAACCUGAUGCAGUAUAUAAAGUUACAUGAACGCCACUCGAAGGUUGAUGGUGAAAGCAGCAUGUUGGUCUGUACUAAAUGCCUCCAGUUUGUCAAAUAACCAUCAACUUACUAACCCAACAGUGUCUAAAGAUGGCACACGGAAGUAUUUUAAGUGAAUCAAAACAAUAAUUGAUAAGAAAACAUAUCAACUAAUACAGCAAACAUCAUUAUAGGAACACAAAUAUGAACUAUUUUUAGCUUCUCACUCUUCUUCCACUUCUGCCAGAGUUUUCUCCUUACUGACGUCACAUAUCUCGGUUGAUAAAUGUGUGUGUUACGCCGGGACGGUUUAUCCAUUUACAAAAUUAUUGGGAAGCAAAUCAGCAAAAA